UAAAAAAAAAAAAAGUGAGGAGGUUGGAAAGUGAAAUGGGAAGUGGAAGCAAGUGGCGGCCAGCUGCAGAAAUGCAGGGGCAGAUUAUUAUAGUCCUCAAAGAAAAUAGAAAAAUAAUGGAAAAAUAAAAAUAGAAAGAAGAGCAAAAGCGUGUGUGUUAUGUUUUGGACAGAGAAAGGAAGGAAAAGCAGCAGCGUCAGAUUCCUACGCAAGAGUCGGACGCGGGGUGAGUCAAUUCUCACGCUGACCGCCAAAGACUCCGGCGCCAAAAUUCCUAUCAAACACAAACCACCACACGCCAAAACCCCCCUAUUUUCUCUCCAUUUUCUUUUAUUAUAUCGUCUUGUUUAGCGGACACAUCAAUUAUGCAGAAGUCUCAAGAUAAGCGUUCAAGAUCUGCCAAACCAACCACCAUCCAUGGCUUCGCCCAGUCCGGUGACCUUCUUGGCUUUCAGAAGCUACUUCGGGAUAACCCCUCUCUUAUCAAUGAGAGAAACCCUGUUAUGGUACAAACUCCACUUCACAUAUCUGCCGGUUACAACAGGGCUGAGAUAGUUAAAUUUCUUCUUGAUUGGCCUGGGCCUGAGAAGGUUGAAUUGGAAGCCAAGAACAUGUAUGGAGAAACUCCACUGCACAUGGCAGCAAAGAAUGGUUGCAGUGAUGCUGCUCGGUUACUUCUUGUACACGGUGCUUUUGUUGAAGCCAAAGCAAAUAAUGGGAUGACACCAUUACAUCUUGCUGUUUGGUACUCACUCCACGCUGAAGAUUGCUUAACUGUCAAAACAUUGCUUGAUAACAAUGCUGAUUGCAGUGCUAAGGACAAUGAGGGCAUGACUCCUCUAAAUCAUCUUUCAAAUGGUCCUGGAAGUGCAAAGUUGCGUGACCUAUUAAACAAGGCCCUCGAAGAGCAUAGAAAGAGAAGAGCAAUCGAAGCAUGCAGUGAAACUCAAGCUAAGAUGGAUGAGCUUGAAAAUGAAUUAUCUAAUAUAGUGGGUUUGAAUGAGCUCAAGAUACAGCUAAGGAAAUGGGCCAAGGGGAUGCUUUUGGAUGAGAGGCGUAGGGCCCUGGGGCUGAAAGUAGGCACCAGAAGACCACCUCAUAUGGCAUUCCUUGGAAAUCCUGGAACAGGAAAGACCAUGGUAGCUCGAAUAUUUGGACGAUUACUCCAUAUGGUGGGAAUUCUACCCACUGACAGGGUAACAGAAGUACAGCGGACUGAUUUGGUUGGGGAAUUUGUUGGGCACACUGGGCCAAAAACUAGGAGGAAGAUAAAAGAAGCAGAGGGAGGAAUUUUAUUUGUUGAUGAAGCUUAUCGACUAAUACCCAUGCAGAAGGCAGAUGAUAAGGACUAUGGUUUAGAAGCACUAGAAGAGAUCAUGUCUGUGAUGGACAGUGGAAAAGUAGUGGUCAUUUUUGCUGGAUAUAGCGAACCAAUGAAACGUGUAAUUGCAUCCAACGAAGGUUUCUGCAGACGGGUGACUAAGUUUUUCCAUUUCAAUGACUUCAGUUCGGAAGAACUAGCCACAAUUCUCCAUAUAAAGAUGGAUAAUCAAGACGAGGAUAGUUUGUUGUAUGGAUUUAAGUUGCAUGCUUCUUGCAGUAUAGAAGCUGUUGCAAAACUUAUAGAAAGAGAAACAACAGAAAUACAGCGAAGGGAGAUGAAUGGAGGUAUAGUGGAUACAACGCUAGUAAAUGCCAGAGAGAAUUUGGAUCUUAGGCUCACAUUUGACUGUAUAGACACGGAUGAAUUACGUACUAUUACCCUAGAAGAUUUGGAAAUGGGGCUUCGGCUGUUAUCACAAUGAGACGUUUUUCAGCUUUCAUAUUUUAAGCAAGGGAGACCUCAUUCUUUGGCAGUGUGGUAGGGAGUUCAUCAAAAUUCAAUAGAAGGGAUUAUUUAUUCAUAUAGGUUCUUUUCUUCACAUGAAUUCAUGAAGGAUUACUACUGGAGAGAUUCAGAAGUUGAGUUGCAAUGGAUUUGAUAAUUUGCACACCUAUUUUUGGAUAUUCUUUGUAUGUAAUUUAAUUUAAUUGUUAUUACCAAUCACAUCUUGAUUUCUUUUCUAUUAUUGAUGUAAUGGAUAUAUAUUUUUCUCCGUUAACAAUCUUUAUUUGGGUUUU